AUGAACUUAGAGAUAAGAGAAAACUGGGCAAGAGCAGGACACGGGAUUGGAAAAAAAGAGGCAAAAGCCGACUCAAAGCACACAAAACGCAGCAGCAGAAGCAGCAGCAGCAAUUUUCGAGCAGCAGUGGGACCGGGAGAAAAAGCCUUUGGCCUCUUCCAUCAAGGCAGUUCCUGUAAGCCCUCUGCUUGCGUCAAAUCGACGCUAGCGGGGGUGGAGGCGGUGAUGAAGGCAGUGGCGGCAGCCAGGCGGACAUCAGAGGAUCGGCAAAAUCGGGGUGGCCGCCGUUAUGCCUACUUCUAUCUUCCCGAGUGGAUUCAACCAGCCUAUGGAAUUUCGGCUCCACCAUAA